UCGACGACUUUCAGUAGUCAUCUACAGAGACACAAUAAUACCGAGAAACAUCUUCGUAACUGUAGAAUUGCUGUCUCCGACGAGGGAUUGUCUUGCCAAGGCCAGAAUUACCAAGACACGGAUGUCGAUGACCGCAAGGUAUAUGUUCAUUACUGUUAACGACUGGGAAUGAUACACAUAUAUUCACUAUUGUCAAGGUAUGAUCAGUACCGUUAACGACUGGGAAUUGAUACACAUGUAUUCACUAUUGUCAAGAUAUGAUCAGUGCCGUUAACGACUGGGAAUUGAUACACAUGUAUUCACUAUAUAUUGUUAAGGUAUGAUCAGUACUGUUAACGACUGGGAAUUGAUACACAUGUAUUCACUAAUGUCAAGGUAUGAUCAGUACUGUUAUAACGACUGGGAAUUGAUACACAUGUAUUCACUAAUGUCAAGGUAUGAUCAGUAUACUGUUAUAACGACUGGGAAUUGAUACACAUGUAUUCACUAUUGUCAAGGUAUGAUCAGUACUGUUAUAAAGACUGGGAAUUGAUACACAUAUAUUCACUAUUGUCAAGGUAUGAUCAGUACUGUUAACGACUGGGAAUUGAUACACAUGUAUUCACUAAUGUCAAGGUAUGAUCAGUACUGUUAUAACGACUGGGAAUUGAUACACAUGUAUUCACUAAUGUCAAGGUAUGAUCAGUAUACUGUUAUAACGACUGGGAAUUGAUACACAUGUAUUCACUAUUUGUCAAGAAAACACAAGCAACAUCAAAUUGUAUACACAGAAUAACCUGUACCUGUUCACUAAAUCUAGUGAUUGUAGUUACAUUUGUACAGCAUUUGUACUGGGCCUGUUAAUUGUUUCAAUAUUUAUAGACCCAACAAAAGUACGUCACUACUCCAUAUAUAUAUUAAAAUUAGCACAUGUUAAAUUAAAUUUAAAUUAUUUAAAUAAAAGAAUACAGAGAAAAUUCUAUGGGACACUCAGUAACUUAGUAUUUUAAAAGAUCCAGUACAUUAUUAUCAUUAGAUUUAGCUACGUAGCUUGAUUUAACAACAUAUAUAGCUUUAUUUACCUACCUGAAGUAGGUUUAUUUAUAGCUAUACUUAAUCAUACUCUUUUAUUAAAUGUACAUUUGUACUAAAAGUUGCACUCAGGUGCAGCAAUAAUUUUCAACUUUGAACUGAAUGAUCUGAAAACAAUUUAAAAAAAAUCACUCUUAAAAAUGUAGCUUUUUUUGCGCAAAUGCAGCCAAAUUUCUAAAAGUUUUGGGGCUAUGUAUAACUGUUUAUGUGUUACCUAACAGAUACUUCUUAAAUGGAAUGACAAAGAAGAACAGUUCUGGUUAGUUAACAUGAUGAUUGAUUGGUAAUAAUUCAGCACAUUGUGAAGUAAUCACACUUAUCCAUGCCUCAUCGCACACAAGGUGUCAUACAGUUAUUCAAACAAAAGAAAUGCAUGUUUUCCUUAAAACUGCUCAAAAGCAAUGAUGUUUUAACUAUUUCUGCUCUGAGUUCCUUUUAUAAUACUACAUUGGACAAAUAUAGGUUGACAGUUCCUUGUGACUUUUUGUCUGUUUUACAUAAGAUGCAAAACUGCAUAAAGGUUAGAGCUAAAUAAACCUACUUCAGACUAGUUCCAACUUAAACGUGGAGGAGGAAAGCACAAUCCUCGAUAAAACGGUCAGCUCAUCGGACUCCUUUGAUGAAGAUGAUGGUGGGGAUGAUGAUAGUGAUAAUGGUGAUGAUGAUAGCGAUGAUGGUGAUGAUGAUGUUUUGGUGACCAAUAUUCCAAGCAAUGAUCAGCCAUGGUUCCCAUUUGAGUCGAAGCUACAGAUGUACUUGUAUAUCUUGAUUCAUUCGAAAACACAUACUUUAAGUGAUGAAACAGCCAAGUUUAUCUGGUUCAUUAUGAAGGAAAGCGGAAUAGAGAUGCCUUCUUUUUCCUCAGUUAAAAGCUUAAGGAUAAGUGGUGAUAUGAAACCAGAAAGUCUGCUGUCACGUGAAGAAAGUAAGGAUGGAAACCCUUUUUGGAUUAUUAAACCGUCAGCUUUAGUUAGCAUGGCUUUGUCACAUCCUGACACUGCAACAGAUUUACAUAGGUAUGGGAGAGUAUCAAGUGAUGGCCAAACUUUCAUAGAAGAACAAGCAGAUGGUAGUAAAUGGGUAAAAGAAAUUCAAACCCAUUAUGCAUCAGAUGGACAGAGAAGUUUUUACUCAGGUGAUUUUGUAUCCUCAUCAAUUCAUGAUCUUGAAGACAUCGGCCAGAUUAGUACAUUUUUGCAAGACAUCCAGUACGACAUUUUAUACGCCAAAGUAAAAAUCUUUCGGAGGAGUACAAUUCCAGGACUUGCAAGAAAAAGAUUAAUUUCCAUGGACAGGUUUGAGAUGUGGAAUAUUGGACACUUAUCUACAUUUCAGAAGAUUCAUGAAUAUACUUUUUACAAGUCUGUGAAUGAGAAUGUGAUUCAAGUAACAGAUGAUGAAAAGAACAGUCUUGUAUCUCCAAAUCCACAUAAACUGAGAUUUCAGCCAGUGUACACUGUACCUCUGAACCUUUUUAUGGAUGAUACAAGUGCCAACAAGUCAAAAAAAUGGAAACCUCUUCACUGUACACAGUUGCAACUUGCAGGAAUACCUAAAGCGAAAAAGCAGACGCUGAGUUCCAUAAAGUUUAUCAGUGCUUCUGCAGAGGUUCCCAUUCUUGAAAUGGCCCGUGUUGUCAUUGAUGACAUCAAGAAUUCAGAGGGUGGUAUUUUGACAUUUGAUGCCAAUGGGAAAGAAAAGGUGACAGUCAUACCUUUCUUAUCACUAUGUGUCUGUGAUUUCAACAUGAUGGCCGAAGCAUCAAACCACAUGGGAGCAAACACAUAUAAAUUUUGUCCCAGGUGUUAUGCUGACAAAGAUUCUUCAAUAUGGAAAGGGGCUGAGAGAGAUCCUGUUGCUACCAAAAGGAUUUUGGAACAUUUGGAUGUUAACAAUAGCAAAGAGUUGAGACAAAACCAUGGUCUGAAACCAUACCCAAAUCCUCUUUGGAAUAUUUUGAAUCCACACAGAGAUAUUCCAGUGGGAAUACUCCAUUGGUUAUACCUUGGGAUUGGAAAACAUUUACUGAAAGCCUGCAUUCAAGAGUUACCAGAAAUGAAGCAGGAACAGCUUUGCAUGCUGAUUGAGUCUUGUGACCAAAGUGCAUUUGGGACCAAAGUAUCAAGGGAUACAAUUAUAUACAUUGACAGUCGCCAAGGAAAAGAUAUAAAAACAUAUCUUCAGAUUGCACCUUUUCAUUUUGCUGUGGUAGGGUUGGAAAGGCGAAAAGUGGACCUUCUUUGUCAACUUGCAGAGAUCAGUAAAAUCCUUACAUGCAAAAAGGAGUUUAGUGAUUAUUCUUUGGAGAGUCUACAGGAUCGAAUUGAUACCUAUUUGCUUGGAAUCAGGAAUUAUUUUCCUCACCUGCAGCAGAAGGUCAAGACGCAUCUUUCUGUUCAUGUAGUAGAUGACAUACUGGACCAUGGUCCGAUGGAUGCGUACAAAGAGGAUGCUUUUGAAAAGAUGCAUGGUCGCAUUCGAGACCAGCUGUUUAACCAGAAUUCUCAUGCUAGAAGCAGGGACACCGCCAUUGCUUUUGCGGAAAUGGAGGUCCUGAACCACAUCCUGACAGGUGGUUUUUUCCCAAAUGGUGAAGAAUGGUUGCAAGCAUCAGACCUAGUGCAGAAAACCUCCAACUCCCAAGAAGUAAGAGGAUUUUUGGGCAUGCCAUCAUCCGAGGAUACGUCAUCUAGUUCCAUGAAACUUAGAAAAGCCAUAAACAGAGAGAGGGGAUCACUGGUAUGGGAGACUGUAGAUGAUGACACUAUACAAAUGCUGUCAUCUACAUGCAUAUCAAGGAACAUACCGGUAAAUUUCACGGGGGCCAAAAGGAGCAAGUUUCGCUCAGUUAGAACAAAAGCAGAUCAGCUGGCCAACAAAGGAACACCAGUUUUGAUCUAUGUUGACGACAAUACGGAAGAAGUUGGCAUAUUUCAAGAGGGAUGGCUUAUUUCCACCAGAGAAGGUGCUCGAAUUGAACUAGCCCAGAUUCAGAAGGUGAAGCUACAGAACAGCGCUAGAAUAGCCGAGUCACAACUUGAGAGAGUUGCCAUUUCAGAAGAAUUUCUUUUGGUACCUGUAUCAGAUGUUCUCAGUAUUUUGAGUUUAGUGCAUGACUGUUUGAGUGAGGGAUGCCGUGUGAAAGAUGGCUAUUUGAAUGUUUGUGUUGAGCAAGAGAUGAAAGAAGUGAGAAAGAAGUUUUGGAAGCACAAGAGGAAUGCUGUUUAUUUAUUAAACAAAUUCAGUUUUGCAAAUGCAAGGUGUAAAUAUUUUGACUAAUGUUUUGAUGAUUUUUUAGUAUUUCUGGAGCUGGUUUAUUAAUGUACCGGUAAAAUAGAUAGUGCUUUGUAGAAAGAUUUUGAGAAGUAUUUUAUGUUCUGUUUAUGAUUUAAUUGUUAAGUAAAACUGAAUCAGAAUUAGCUAGAUCAAUGACAUUGAUGUAUACAAAAGCCAUGUACUCUAAUGUAUAAACACCACCAUAUUUUUGAUAUGAAUGCUUGAUUUUCUAACUUGGUACUUUGUAUUAUUUUUUCCAUAUUUUUCAUUCAAUUUACAUCAAUGUUUGCAAAUGUAAAGAUAAACAUACCAUCUUAAUUAUU